GCUCUAUAUAAAGGCGUGCUCAAACAUGAGUACUUGUGCAGAUCAAUUCUAAAAACUUCUCUAUAUUUGUAAGAAUCUUGACGUUCUCAAAGAUCAAGCUGUGACUUUCGUCCAAAGUUCCAACUUCUUCUGCGAUGGCAUGGUGGAGGUCCUUUGCUGGCGACGAGAGAUUUUCUAGAACAACUCUCACUGUUUUGAUCAGUAUAUUUGCGGUGUUAUGGUUGCUAUGGUCCAUCAAGAAACAAAGAAAGGCUGCAGUACCUCCAUUGCCACCAGGUCCCCGUGGCUUGCCAAUAGUCGGGUACCUUCCGUUUGUAGGUACAGAACUUCAUACAAAAUUUGAGCAACUGUAUGGGAUCUAUGGCCCCAUCUAUAAGGUUUGGCUUGCAAAUAAAUUGUGCAUUGUGAUUAGCUCACCCUCGCUAGUUAAAGAAGUUGUUCGUGACCAAGACGUAAUAUUUUCCAACCGUGAUGCUAACACAGCUGCACGUACUGUCACAUACGGGGCAGUCGAUAUUGCUUUUUCCCCGAAUGGUGCUGACUGGAAGAUGUUGCGGAAGAUGUUUGUGAGAGAGAUGCUAAGUCCAGCAAAUCUUGAUAGUACCUUCUCUUUACGAAGAGAAGAGCUAAGGAACACCAUUAGAAAUGUGUAUGACAAAAAAGGUACCCCUAUAGAUGUAGGGGAACUGGCGUUUGUAACGGUGAUGAAUGCCAUCAUGAUCAUGCUGUGGGGUGGCACGCUACGAGGAGAGGAAGGGGCUAAGUUUGGAGCAGAGUUUAAGCAUAUCUUUGCGGAAUUAGUGAUCAUUCUCGCAAAACCAAAUGUUUCGGACCUUUUCCCGGCUUUAGCAAGGUUUGAUUUGCAAGGAAUUAGAAGGAAAGCAAAGAGAAUUUCUGAAACCAUUGAUGGAGGAACAAGAUGA